GCAUGCGACUGCGUUGUCUCCUCCAUUGAAACGUUCGGAGAAAUUUGAAAUGUAGUUGAGACUUGAAUAUAUAUGUUUUAUGUGGUUUCAAGAGCAGGUUCAACGCCGACAGGAUGGAUUACGCUCCAGAUAGUGUCCUGAGCACGACACUUAGGUUCAUCACUGAUCAUGUUUCAGUCUUCCCUAAUGAUGCUGCAUUACUCCCAUCCCCAAGUGAAAAUUGCUCCUUAGUAGCAGUUGCCCCAAAAUAUGGACUCCUCUUUGCUGCUCUUGGAACAUCUUUCAAAGUGUACCAAACCCAAGCACUUUUGGCUGAUGGUGAGAAGAAAGAUGCAGCAACAGUGGAUACAGGAGCACCCAUCACACACCUUGUGGCCAGCUGUGAUGGCCUCACCCUCAUGGCUGUUGUCAUCCAUGGCGACGUUCCUCAUGCUCUCUUUUAUGAAUGCCGCAACUUUGUGCAUGAGACUGCAAGCCAAACACCGUUUGCCAGCACAGCCAUUAGCCGAGUAGGUGGAUCUCGUGUGCAGGGCAUUGCGUGGAACCCAAUGAUGCCCAACAAUAUUGCUGUGGCCACCUCACCAGGCUUUCUCUCCAUCAUCUUGCUAAAGGACAAUAGUAUCGAUGUGAAAACAGUGGAAAUAAAGGCAUGUGCUGUGGGAUGGUCCCCAAAAGGCAAGCAGCUGACUGUAGGCUUAACUGAUGGAUCCCUAGCCUUGUUCAAGCCUGACCUAACCCCUGUAAGGAACAUUUCAAGACCCCCAAUGGAAGAACUGGGUGCAGUUCUAAGUAUCACAUGGUUCACAAGCACCGAGUUCUUCAUUGGCUAUAAACAAGAGGCAGAGGAGGGAGGCCAUGUAAUGAUGUUUAUUAGUGCCCCAAAAGGAAAGGAACCAAAAUAUGUCCUUUAUGAAUUCCUUUGCAAUGAUAACCAAGGUUCAAGACCACCAAUGUUCUACCCUAUUUUCAUCAGUGAAUGGAGUGUUAUGUGUGUAUUGUCCUCAAGAGCAGUCCAGCUGGGUGUGUUAGGAAAAGCAGAGAAUGGCGGGGAGGGUUGGUGUGAGUAUGAGAUGGAAGAAGGAGGUGGAGCUGGCCUGCACAACAUCUCUGUAACCAAGGAGACUUAUGCACUAGGGAUGGCUGUAGACUUUACUUCUUUGAAGAGUUUCACAAACAAAGACGGAAGCACAAGUGGGCCCUGUCCAGUUCUUUAUGCACUGUCAACGGGUGGAGAACUCAACAUUUUCCACCUAGUCAAUAAUGCUGCCGGGACAACAGCCUUAACCAAGAUGGCAGAGGCCCUUCCCAGUACUGGUCACAGGACUCCAGAUCAGUUUCCAGGAGUCAGCAGCUAUGCUGUGCCUGCAUCAACAGCUUCAUCUUCAGCUGCUCAACCUGAAGCAGCACCAAAGCCAGGAAGUGUUGGAGAGGCCAGCAGUUCUCCAUCUAUGUUCAAAAGCAUAGCAUCAUCAUCAUCCUUUGGAGCCAGUCCUUUUCAACAGACCGUUGCUGCUGCUGAUAAACCCCAGGCAAUUUUCUCAUUCUCUCAAGGAUCAGGAUCAAACAUCUUUGGAAGUUCUGGGGGGACAAGCUUAUUUGGUAAAGUACAACAGGAAGCACCACAAGCAUUGUCUAAACCAAGUGCAAACCCUCAAACUCCUACAUCCCACAUCCAACAGGCUUCUGCAUCAGCAGCUACAGCUAAUGCUGUUUCCUCAAGUGCACCAAUGCCCUCACUCCAAUUCAAGGCCCCUGUAACCAAGUUGGCCCCUCAGCCUGAAACACCACCGCAGUCAGACUUCAUGCAAUCACAGCCCUCUGACUUAGCAAGGAAUGUUAGCACACAGGGAGUUAACUUACCAAACUUGUUGCCAAAGGCAGACAGUGCUACUGGGAGCAUCAGCCAGGGGAAACCUGCUUUCAGUUCCAUGCCCUUAAAAUCCAAGUCUCCCACCCCAGUGAUGCCAGUGACACCCAAAUCAACAGAGAAUCAAAUUACUAGGAGCUCCCAGAGUCCAGCACCAACCUUACCAACACAAAAAUUGGGGUCUGGGAAAAGCACAGACCCAGAUCUUCUUCCAGCCAUUAUGGCAAUAACUUCAAAUUUUGAAAAGGAAUUUAAUGACCACCUCAUUAACAACCAGUGUCAGAUUGAGAUAGGGAAAAAGGAGGAAAUGGGUAAAAUCCGGAGCUCCCUGGUAGAGCAGAAGACAUGGAUAGAUCAGAUGUCUUCCACCACUGCUGAGCUGAAGACAGAGGUGAUGCAGCUACACUCAAAGGUCCUAGAAGGCUACACUCUGCGAGAGGAAGCAGAAGGACAGCUACAAAAGCGGAAGAAUCCAAGGCACAUGAUGUCCCUACAGUCUCGGCCCUUAGACCCUCAAAGUCGCAGAAGGCUGGAAGAAAUUCGUUCUAGAUACCAGUACUUGCAGAGCCAACUCACUGAAGUCAACACAAGGUUGCAUCUUGACUGGGCUGAAUUCACAAAUGCAGCCAACAAUAAAAAGAAGAAAGAGUUGCCGGCAUCAGAAACAUUGUAUCAUGCCCUCCUGAAGAGCCACAGUUUCCGUGUAGCUCUUGACAAGCAAUUUGAUGUCCUGUGUGAGAAGGUGAAGGCAUUGCAACUUCACUCUCUCUCUGGCAGUCUCCAGGGCACCUAUAAGGAUGAUGAGGAGAUAUUUGCCAGCUUAGAGAAGAGUAUGAGAGAAACUUCCUUGUCAUCGUCAAUGCGUGUUUCUCCUGUCAAAAUGCUGCCCCCUGAGAAGCAGGACAGACUGCAGAAACUCCUGGCACAGAGGACCACUGUCCCAGUCAAAAAAUGUACCAAUGUUCCCCGAAUGAACCUCACAGCUCUCCAGAACAGUACUUUCUUCAACGAUUCUAGUAACUUGCCCAACAACUCUUCACUACUUGUCAACCAUUCUGCAUCAUCACCUGCUUUGGAUUUUACUCUCUCUUCCUUUGGCCCUCAGACCUUCUCAACACCCAACCGUAAGAACACCCCUUCCCCUGUUACCAGUCUUGGUGCCAAAUCAGAAGCCCUUCAAAAGUCUGUUGAUUUUGGAUCACCUUCAGAGUCUAGGACUUCCAGUCCCUUUUCAUCUGUUAAACAGACAGCCAAUAUCCCAAGUGUCCCAACAACAAAGGAUAGUGAAAAUGCAGCAUCUAGAAAUAACAAGACUGGAUUCUCAUUCAGUGGUGUGCCUUCUAUUGCAGCAGCAUCUGUUGGUAGUGUUAGUCUGGGGAAGGUGCAGUAUGAAGACAUAACUCCUCCCCAGACACCCAGUGUCAAGCUAGAAGAUGGAACCAAGAGUGCAAGUCCUUUGCUAGCACUUUCAUCUAUGGUAUCAAAAGUACCCAGCACCACUCCCAAUGGGACAAACCUUUCCACCACUGUAUCCCUUAGUUUUGAUACUGCUUCAUCUAUCUUGGGGACAGCCUCAGUAUCUGACACCACUAAAACUGCUGUAUCCUCUGCACAGUCUUCACUUCCUUCUGUUUCUUCUGCUUUUUCGUUCAAGGGUGCAUCCUCAUCAUCCUCUACAGUAGGAUUUUCAGCUACGACACCUGGUUCAUCAUUAUCUUUACCCUCUACUUUUGCUGUGGUUUCAACAGUGGGUAGCACUGCAACUGCAAGCUCACCUCCCUCGUUUGGGGCCACCUUUUCCUUCAAAUCACCAACUGCAUCUACCAAUCUCUUUAGUAAUGUGAUUCCAUCUAGUGCAACCUCCUGUUUGCCUUCCAUAUCAAGCAGUACAAAUACUUUGUCCUUCAGUGCUCCAAGCUCAACACUAACUACUACAUCUGCAAGUUUGUUCUCAAAGACAUCUCUGGUAACUGAUACAGGCACUCCAUCAUUAACACCUCUAACCACUUCUUCAGCUUCAGUUACUACUUCAGGGACAGGAGAACCAAUUACCACUUCUGCUGCAACUUCAACAGUAACAUCAGUUGCUGCUGGUAAUACUUCAGGUAAGUCAAAUGAAACAAGGAAUUUGUUUGAAAAAAUUAGUGAGGUUGAACCACCAACUUUAUAUAUCAUUGAUGACAAAGUACCUGAAAAGCUUAUUUCACCACCAACAGCUUCAUUUGGGACUAAGGCUUUAGGAGGAUCAGGGCCAUCCAGCAGUGGAAGCUUGUUUGAAAAUUCUGGUGCACCUGCAACAGGAAGCAUUUUCAGUGGAGGAACAGCCAGCACUAGUGCAAGCAUAUUUGGAGGACCAUCAUCAUCACCAGGAAAGUUGUUUGGAGGAAUAACAGCAACUUCAUCAAGUUUGUUUGGGGGUACCACUGCAGCCACAUCAGGAAGCACAAAUGGAGGAACCUCAACCACCACAGCUUCAGCAACAACAAGUGUGGAUACUACAUCACCCACCGCAGCACCAAGCUUAUUCAGUAACAAAACAACUACUACAAAGAGCAGUAUCUUUCCAGGAGGAGAAUCAACUAACACAGGAAGUUUGUUUUCAAAUACAUCCUCCAUAACAACCCAGUCUGGUAGUUUAUUUGGAGGUACAGCAACUGCAUCUUCAGGUAGCCUGUUCUCUUCAUCUGGCAGUCUCUUUAGUGGAACUUCUGCAGUCACUAUAAAGAGUAUACCAUCACCUGUUAGCACUGUAACAUCAACAAAUGCAACUUCUACUGCUAGUAUUUUCUCAAACUCGAACACUUUAUCAGGUUCUUCACUGUUUAUGCCACCAUCUACUGUUUCUGGAGGUAGCUCAGCCACAACUUCUAGUGGAAGCAUAUUUGCUGCCUCUGCAUCCCCCACUCCAACAGGAUCUCUCUUUGGUUCUCCAGCCACCACAUCAUCAGCUUCUGGAGUCUCAUCAACCACCACAACUAGUGGAAGCUUAUUCAGUGCUACAGUUUCUUCUGGAUCACUCUUCAGUGCCACUGCUCCUUCCUCAUCUGCUUCUGGAAGUAUAUUUGGCACUGCAGCAUCAGAUUCUUCAUCAUCAGGGGCACUCUUUAGCUCUCCAACAACAACCUCAACUGCUAAAACCACUUCAGUUUCAAGUGUCACUGGAAGUGUGUUUGGUGGUGGGACAUCUGCUUCAGCAUCCUCUGGGUCUCUGUUUGGCUCUCCAACAACAACAUUAGCAACUUCAGGGAGCACUCUGGGUACCUCCACUAGUGGGAGUGUGUUUGGCACAGCUGUCAUAUCACCUUCAUCCUCAGGAUCUCUUUUUGGCUCUCCUGCUCCUGCUGCAACAUCAGCUUCAGAAAGUAGUCUGGCCACAACUACUAGUGGAAGUAUAUUUGGCACAGCUGCAUCAGCCACUUCAACUUCUGGAUCCCUCUUUGGUGCAGCUUCUCCUUCAUCUUCAACAUCCACUUUUGGAACAUCAGCCUUUGGGGCUCUAACAACCUCCAGUUCUGGCUCAGCUUUUAGUACUCUGAAUUCUGCAGGUGGCUUCAGCUUGACAUCUGCCACAACUACAACUGCAAGUGGCUCUGUAUUUGGCCAAACAUCUUCACAGGGAACAAACUCUGUCUUUGGUCAAAGCCCACAAAGUCCAUCAUCAGGUUCAGUAUUUGGAUCCCAACCCACCAGUGCAGCUGGAUCAGUAUUUGGAUCCCAGCCAACCACUACUACCAGUUCAGUAUUUGGGUCCCAACCCACCACUGCUACUGGAUCAGUAUUUGGCAGUAGUGGGCAGGGAGGCUCUGUAUUUGGUAGCUCAGGAACACAGUCAUCCUCCCUUUUUGGAGCAUUAUCACAGACCACAGGUGGCUCUGUAUUCGGCCAGCCAAUUACCAGCUCUGGAUUUAGAAGUGGAACUUCCGGAUCAGUUUUUGGACAGAGUCCAUCGCAGGGAUCCUCACCCUUUAAUGCAAAAAGCAAUGAUAAUUCCAGUUCAUCCAUGUUUGGAUCUUCUGGAUUUGGAUCUGGGUCUGGUGGGCUCUUCAGUGGUCUUGGUGGCAAACCAAGUCAAGAAAAUGCCAAUAAGAAUGUAUUUGGUUCGCUCAACUUCGGUGAAGCUAAACCUCAGUCCAGUCUUUUUGGUGGGGGCACAAACCAGCCAAGCAGUACAUUUGGAGGAAUGGCAUUUGGAGGCUCUGCAAGCAGUGGAGCAAAUGCUGCAUUCUCCAGCUCUGUGGGUCAGACAGCACAGGGUGGUUUUGGGGUAACAACACCCCAAAAGUCCACUUUUGGUGGUUCUGGAACAAGCUUUGGAAGUUCCCCAGGCUUUGGUGCAGCACCAGUGUUUGGUUCACCUCCUAAAUUUGGAAGUUCCCCAACCUUUGGUGGAUCAGCUGCAUUUGGGUCCUCAGUGUCCAGCCCAACAGCAAACACAUCCUCAGGUGGUGCUGGGUUUGGCACUUUUGCCUCUUCAGGUGGAACAACAUUUGGUUCAGUAGGUGGCUCGACACCCUCCUCUUCAUCUGGCUUUGGAAGUUUUGCGGCUCAGAAUAACACGGCAACCUUUGGCAGUGUAGCCCAACAGCAGUCCUCAGGGGCCACUUUUGGAGGUGGAAGCACUUUCGGCAGUGGAAGCAGCUUUUCAUCAUGGCGAUGAGUUAAUCCAGAUUCAUGGUGAAUGAUUGUAACUUCUGUGCUACUCUCAACUGAUUUCUGUUGAUAUCGGACCUCUACCAUCACUUGUUGAAAUUUGAUCCAUGUGACAUCAAGGGGACCACUUGGCUGGAGAGCCAUAUUUUCUUUCCCACCUUAUUAUUAGUAUUAUUUUAUACAGUGAAGGGUUUUACAAGACCAGUGCAGUGAAAGAGCUACAAGAAUUUCAAAAACAUUUUGUUUUAUAUACAGACACACAAAAUAGUAUUAAGUUUGGUUUCAACUCUAUUUCAAAUUUAUGAAAAAUACAUUGGCUAAUUAUAUGUAAUUACUCUUAUGCAUUAUAUAAUUUUGGGGGAAUAAAUUUUAAAAUUAUAGGAAGUUAUGCCAAAACGGAUUAUAGCCACCUUUGGAUGAAGAUAUGUUGAAGACAGAAUGUCAGAUCUCAACUAACUAUAAACCAUACACAGAGACCAUUAAUCAGUUAUUUUACUCUGAUAUAUUGUGAUUGUAACAGAAUUCAGUAUGUUCUAAGAUAUAAAAUUUUACCAGAUCACUUUGUAAUUCUGCCCUUUUAUGUAAAAUGGUUCUCCUUAUUGUACAGUGGAUUAAAUCACUUUGUAAAAAAACAUGUAUUUCAGUAACAUCAAUUUGAUCAUAUAUUUUGUUGAAACUAUGGGAACGUUGUUUGUGGAAUUGACCCUAUAGCUAUUAGGCAAUAGGCGGGAAAACAUCAUUAUGAUGAUACUUUGUUGCAGAUGAUAUAAUAAAAGUAUAAUCUAAUUUGGUUAAAGAAUUUGUUUGUUAAAAUGGAUUUCAGCUGUUCAAUUUAUUUGUGAUAUGGAGUUCAGCUGUCAUCCAUAGCCCCACUUUAACUUGUUUUGAACUCCCAUUGUACAUUUUAAUUAUACCAGCCAUUGUAUACAGUGCUUCCUUUUCAAAUGUACAGUUUUAAGAUUGAUGAAGGUGGUUUACUGCGGUUUAAGUGUAGUUUCUCUAUCAAUUAUAAUGAAGAGUCAUA